AGCACAAAGCAUUUCCUGUCCCUUUUCCGUUAUUUCACAAGCUGCCUCUUCUCACUUACCCGCUGGGCUCAAGGACAGAGGGCCUUUUCUCCUCCCAGAAGCCAGACAGCUGGCUCUGGCCUCUCCUGGUCAACACCAUGGCCAAGACCCCUAGUGACUAUCUGUUGCACUCCCUGGAGGAGCUGGUGCCCUAUGACUUUGAGAAAUUCAAGUUCAAGCUGCAAAACACCAGCCUGGAGAAGGAGCAACAACGGAUACCCCGAGGCCUGCUCCCGUCAGCCAGGCCGGUGAAGCUGGCCAGUCUUCUGCUCAGCCACUACGGGGAGAAGUAUGCUGUGCAGCUGACCCUGCAGGUCCUGAGGGCCAUGAACCAGCACCUCCUGGCAGAGGAGCUCCACAGGGCUAUUGACCCAGAAUAUCCGAUACAAGAAAGUGGCACUGACUGUCCAGCAAUGUCUUGUUCCUCGGGGGAGAAUAAGCCCAAGAGCCUGAAGAUGCCAGAUGGCCUGGAAGGGGACAGACAGCAGCAAAGUGGUGAUGGAGCAGCCAGCCAGCCCGAGGCUGGGAAGGGGCCCCAGAAGAAGCCUCAGGGCAAACGGAGAGAUCAGAAGGGCUCAGAGGGCCUGGAUGUGCAGGGCAAGCCGGGGGCCAGGGGUGUGACUCUGUGUUCCAGGAGAAGCCCACUCCCCAGCAAGCAGCCGGGGGAGAAGGGCGGUGAGCCCAGUGUCAGGCUCCGCAGGAAUGCCAGCUCUGCAGGAAGGCUCCAGGGGCUCUCCAGUGGGUCAUACGCUGGGUCCCUGGGAAGGAAAGAAUGCAAGGCAUCUGAAGCACGUUCACCCUCAAAAAAGAAUCGACCCAGAAGUCUUGAAUUUACCAUUUCUUCCAGAGAGAGAGCUCUCUCCAAUCUAGAAACUCUUCUGCCUCAGGAGAAAGUGAGAAGUGAGAAUCUGGACUCAGCAGCGGCCCCCAGCAAAGUGGCCACUCUGGAUGCAGGGGCUACUAUGGCUGUAGCGAAAGGCUCCAGAAAUCCAGAACAUUCUGUGAUCAUGGAUAGGGGAACACUCAGGAAUACACUUUCCAAUGUACUGUUGAAUGGAAAGGAGACGACCUGGGAGCAUCCAGAAUACACAGCACUUUUGGAGAAAAAUAGAAUUGAGGGUCUAGAGACCCCUAAGACCUUGGGGGAGGCAGUAGGCAGUGAGCUUUCAAAUCCAGAAGUCCCCUUGUCUUCAGGGAGGCCGCAGGAUGAAGCUGUGUGUCCCCUCUCCCGGGUCCAGGAAGGAGAUCUGGUUGGUAGCACUUGUGUGCAUGAUUCCUGCAGCUGCUCCAUUGCUUCUAAGGAUCCCAAGGCCUCAGAUGGUUGCUUGCCCAACUGCCUCAGGUGUCAGGUCUCGCUCCCAGGGAAGAGUUCUGGAGGCAUCGAGCCGCAGGAGGGCCCACCGAUGGGCAGCCUGAGCCCCACGCCCCCGCCGCAAUGUACGCGUCACAGGAAGCAGGUCCAGCUGCUCUUCUGCGAGGACCACAGGGAGCCUAUUUGCCUCAUCUGCAGCCUGAGCCAGGAGCACCGAGGCCACCGGGUGCGCCCCAUCGAGGAAGCUGCCCUGGAAUACAAGGAGAAAAUUCAGAAGGAGCUGGAGCAUCUGAAGGCGUUGAGAAGAUCUGGAGAAGAGCAGAGAUCUGAAGGGGAUAAGAACACUGCAAACUACCUGAAACAAACUGAAAUCCAGAAGCAGAGAGUCCGGCACCAGAUGGAGCAGCUGUGCCGGUUCCUGGAGCAGCAGGAGCGGCUCUUUGUAGCCUGGCUGGAGAAGCUGGCACAGACCAUUGUCCAGGUCAGGGAGACAUAUGACACCCAAGUGUCCAGGGACAUUGCCCUUCUCACCGAGCUGAUCGAGGAGCUGGAGACCAAGCAGUGCCAGCCGGAAUGGGAGCUUAUGCAGGACAUCGGAGUAACCCUGCGCAGAGUCAAGACAGUGACUGUCCCUGAGCCAUGGGCCACCCCUCUAGAGGUGAAAGAGAAGAUCCACCUGCUCCACCAGAAAUCAGAGGUUGUGGAGAAGAGCAUGAAGCAUUUCUCAGGAACCCUACGUUCAGAAAUGGAAACCUUCAAUGUUCCAGAACUGAUUGAUGCUCAGGCACAUGCCGUUAAUGUGGUUCUGGAUGCAGAAACUGCCCACCCCAACCUCAUCAUCUCUGAUGACCUGAAGAGUGCUAGACUUGGAAACAAGUGGAUCCAUAUGCCUGACAGUCCAGAAAGAUUUGAUAGCUGCAUUUUUGCCCUGGGCUCUCCGAGCUUCCGCUCUGGCCGUCAUUACUGGGAAGUGGAGGUGGGAGACAAGACAGGGUGGGUCCUGGGUAUCUGCAAGGCAUCCACAAGCAGAAAGGGGAACAUGACUCUGUCGCCAGAGAAUGGCUACUGGGUGGUGAUGAUGAUGAAGGGAAAUGAGUACCAGGCAUCCACCUUCCCCCCGACCCUCCUGCGGGUGAGGGAGCCCCCCAGGCGUGUGGGCAUCUUCCUGGAUUACAAGGCUGGAGACAUUUCCUUUUACAAUGUGACAGCCAAAUCACACAUCUACACAUUCACCAGCUUCUCUUUCUCUGGGCCCCUUCAAGCUACCUUCAGCCCUGGGACACAUGGUGGAGGGAAGAACAUGGGUCCUCUCACCAUCUGUCCAGUCAGUGACCAGGGGCCUCACUGAAAGCCCUACACUUUGCAUCUCUCUUCCAAUUCCCAGCCUUGUACUUUGAACUUAUACUCUCGCCAGUUAUUAUUGAACAUACAUUGGGUUCUGGGUGCUUUGGGAAAUAUAAUAAAUCAGAGAAUAGUCCUUGUGUCCUAGGAGCUUAUGGAAUAGUAGUAGAAAUAAGCUAGGUCCUCAAAUAAUGGUAAACCAAGGGUGAAGAGAACACAUAUGCUGAUGACAUGCCAUGUUUUUUUCAGAGUAGAAAGUGCAUGGCUUAAUAAACCCUUGUAUGGAUUAACACCCUAAGAUGCUCCUGCGACAGAGAUUCCACCCUCAUGUUCCCUCAGUACCCAUGGCAAGGAUAUGUCCCCUCAUUUUAUUCUCCCCUGUCUUGAGGACUUGUCUAGGGGGAAAAAAAUAAGCAAAGUGGUUUGCUAUACAUUUUUUUUGUAUCUGGAUUAAUGAACUGUGGUUCUUAAGAGUAUUGGCUGUGCCUGAUAAAUAAAUUGAUUAGAAGAUUUAAUCAUAAUUCCA